AUGGAGGCACGAAAAUUGGAACUUAAAUACUCAAAGAUAGUAGAUUCGUAUGCAAGACAUUUACCGAGAAAUGUUCGAGUCAUGAAACCUUUAGAAACGCUUUUUGCAGUUAAGGAAGUACGAGAAGAACGAGACGACAAUUUAGCUGAAAAAAUUAAAAACUCACAAAACAAAUUAAUACAUCUCAUUCAAGAAAUAGCAGAUAGAAAACAAAAGAUUUCACAAAUCCUCACAGCUGAAAGCUCUAAUGACCAAUAUUUGAAAGCUGUAGAAGAUGAGUGUAAUAAAUUAAUUAAGAACGUGAAUGAAAUGAAAGUAGCACCUGCAGAAGAUACAGGCGACAAAUUAGAGUUUUCUUCAGGCGUUGUUUGGGAUUCACAAGAAGUAGAUACUCAAGUCAACAAGUUUGUUACUGUUUCUAAAACGUUGGCAAAUGAAGUUAAAAGCAUAACUGAUAAAUUAGGUCAUUCUGAAAAAUCUCUAGCCAUUUCUAAGAGAAAUCAAGAAUAUUCCAUAACAGAAGAGGAUAAAUUAAGGGUUUCUACGCAAGGCAAUUCGCAAAGUUCUCAAGGUCAUCAAAAAGUACGGCCAGCAGUUCCACAAGCAAACCAGAGCAACGAAAAACGCCAAAGAAAAAGCACAACAAGACAAAUAUACCUACAAGCCCAACAUCAAUUCAAUCGCCAGAAACCCUUAAACGAAAAAAAGAUAAUAAUAACUCAGCAAAAAAGAAGAAGCAUAAGAAAUAAUUGA